AUAACGAAACUGAAGAUAGACAGUAAUCCGUUCGCAAAGGGCUUCCGGGACUCUUCACGUCUCACGGAUUUCGAGAGGGAGACGAUGGAGUCAAUGUUAGCGGAGCAGCAAUCGAUGAGAUUUCCCCACCGGUUUCCCUUUGAGAUGGAGCAGCUUCAAAGCGGCGCGAAUAACUUGAGCCUGGAGGAAAAAGCACUCUGGGCAGCGAGAUCGCAGAUUCUCCUGAGAGCUGCUGCAGCCGCGGCGGUGGGUCCUUACGCCCAGCUGGUAAGUCCAGCUUUGGUAUACCCAAGUGCCUCGACAGUCGCGGGAUCUAGCCACCAGCAGCAGCAGCAGCACCAGCAACAACAACAGCAGCAACAAUUAGGUCACCUCUGGUGGGCCUCAUCUCUGGGACCAACGCUUUUCGCGGCGGCCCACCACCACCAACAGCAGCAGCUCGCGGCCUCCAGUUCGCAGCAAAGUCCUCCCCCAGGUCCCGCGGCCCCGCGGCCGAUCUACCCUUCGGCUCUAGCGCUAGCUCAUCACAGAUUUUCCCCAUAUUCGAGUGGCAUCGCCGGACGAAAACCUUCCGUCCCUUCACCUUCUCCCUCAGCUUCCAGGAGAGCUACGCCUUCACCCACCGAUAGUCUUUACCGCGAAGCACAGGAUUUAUCACCCUCGUAG